AUGGUGACGCGGUGGUGGCUCUGUGUGUGCAGCCUGGGGAUCCUUCUCCUGGCUCCGUGUUCUCUCUCUGAGUUGUUUUCCUUGGCUGGCUCCCUGCGCCCCGUGGUGGGGGUAGUUGGCCGGGAUGUGGUGUUACCCUGCCAGCUCUCACCCCCGGCCCGACUGCCCAGCAUGGAUGUGCGGUGGAGGAAAAUUGGAUCAGGAUUUAUCCCAAUUCAUGAGUACUCAGAUGAGGGUCCCCAGGACCUGCCGGGAGACAGUUACCAGACCCGGACAGAGCUGUUCCCGCAGGAGUUCAGCAGUGGGAACGUCUCCCUGAAGAUGAAACAGCUCCAAGUGGCAGAUGCUGGGAAAUACCAGUGCUUUGUGAGGAACCCAGAGUGGAGCCGCGAAGCCACCACUGAGUUACAAGUCGCAGCUGUGGCUCCAGUGUUCAUUGACGUGCUGGGCCCCCGGGGCCAGGGGAUUGGGCUGGCCUGUAGCUCCACAGGCUGGUUCCCCAAACCUGAACUCCAGUGGGUUGGAAAGAACGGGCAGAACCUGUCGAUGGAGAUUGUGACCAAUGUGACGCAGGACAGGGAGAAACUCUAUAGUGUUGUGAGUCACGUCACUGUCACAGAAGGGGAAGACAAUGGAGACAUCAGCUGCAUAGUGUGGAAUGGCCUGCUGGAGCCCGAGCGACAAUCGGCCAUUCACCUCUCAGGUGACGCCUUCCCCCAUGUUUCUCCUUGGCGGGCUGCAUUCUGGGUGAUUUUCACUCUGGUUCUCAUUGCUGCUGGAGCUUGUGCAUAUCUUGGAUACGCAGCAAAGCAAAAGGCCUCUGAGAAGAAACGCUCUGAAGAGGAAGGUCAAUUAUUUUAUAACCCUACAACGCUUAAGAAGAUGAUCUUGGAAUCAGAGUGCCAGGAGCUGCGUGAGAGGCUUGACAGGGCGGUCACACAGCUAGAGUUCAGGAGGGCUCAGAGCUACAUGGUCCACAUCACCCUGGAUCCAGAUUACAAACACAUGGAACUCACUGUGUCUGCGGAUGGCAGAACAAUCCAGCACAGCCCCCCAUCCCCAGGGCCAGCUGCCCCCUCUGCGGCCCUGAUCACUGUGGGGAGGGAGGGGUUUGUGUCCAGGAGGGAUCAUGGUGGGGAGGGCAGGAUUUGCAGGUGGUACUGGGAGAUAGAGGUGGGGGACAGCCCGGACUGGGAGCUGGGGGUGCUGAGUGAGUCUGUGAGGGACAGAGUGAGACAGGGGAGGCUGGAGAGACUCCCUGAGUGGGGGUGCUGGUCUCUGGGGAGAUCUGGGGGGCGGUAUCACCCCAGGGAGGCCGACACUGUGAUCCAGAGCUGGGGUGUGACACCGACAGUGGUUGGGGUGUAUCUGGAUCUAGAAGCGGGGAGUCUCUCAUUCUAUAGUGUCAGUUCAGUGGCCCUUAUCCUGGAGAUUUCUGUGGAAGGUUCUGAGAGAUUAUUCCCCUUCCUCAGCCCUGGCCAUACUGCGGAGAGGGACCAGGGGAAACCCCUCAGCAUCUGCCCCCCAAGCGACUGGGAUUUCCCCCAGGAAUUAAUGGUUAGUGGGUCUGUUAGUCAGGGAGAUCCAGGGUCAGGAAACAACAGAGGGCAGCUGCAACAGGAGAAACAGCCCCAGCGCCUGCAGAUAAGCAAGUGAAAGAAAACAGCGCAGGGCCAACUAUGAUAGAAAAUGUCCAAAACUUCCUGCCC